AGAGGUUGAGGUGCAAUGGCGCUGGAGUGGGUGGUGGUGGGGUACGUGGCGGGGGCGGAGGCGAUCAUGCUGGUGCUGCUGACGCUCCCGGGGCUCGACGCGCUGCGGCGGGGGCUCGUCGCGGCGGUGCGCAGCGCCCUGAAGCCGCUCCUCGCGGUGGUGCCCUUUUGCCUCUUCCUCCUCAUGGACAUCUAUUGGAAGUACGAGACGCGCCCCACGUGCGACCAGGAGCACGCGUGCACCCCCUCCGAGCACCUCCGCCACCAAAAGUCCAUCAUGAAGAGCCAGCGCAACGCCCUCCUCAUCGCCGCCGCGCUAGUCCUCUACUGGCUCCUCUUCUCCGUCACCUCCCUCGUCGUCCGCAUCGACCAGCUCAACCAGCGCCUGGAGAAGCUCAAGCGCCAGGAGUGAGCGCAUGAUCGGCCUCCGAUCUCGUGCGAUUUAAGAGCUCCGCGGUCUCGGAUCCGAUCUCGAUCUAGCGAAAGCCAUGGCAACUCCCUUUCUUUGAUGCUGCAGACAAAGAAGCUUCAAUGAAUUAAGCAGAUUGGUAUGUACUACGAAGCUUCCUCGUUCAGACAACUGAUAUAUAUAUUUUUUUCUUUUGUUUUUCUUAUGCCCUUUCUGAGGUUGAAUCUUUGCUAAUUAGAGCAUCAUAUUACUUGCAUUUAUUAUUCUACACCUGCUCGGGAUUCAAU